AUGGACGUAUAUGUCCAGAUCACGGGUCUGGACUCGGGGAAAACACGCGGAGUCAGGGCGCUGCUCGAUAGCGGCUGCAGUACCUGUUGCAUCGAUACCGACUAUGCACGGGCAGAGAAGCUGGAUAUCCAAGAGCUUCCACAACCUAUUGUGGCUCGUAAUGCCGACAACACCGAGAACAUCAGCGGUCGGAUCACGCACUAUGUCGACCUAAGGAUGAGAAUCAGUCCUCAUGAGGAGACACGCACGUUCCUUCUGACGUGCUUGGGGAAGGCCCGGAUCUUCAUUGGCCUUGAUUGGCUGACGGAACACAACCCGGAGGUGGAUUGGCAAGAGCAGACGAUGAGAUUCAGCCGAUGCCCAGAACGGUGUCACAUGAGGGGUCACGAGGAGCACCAAGCAAUGAUCGACAUGGACGCAAUUGACCUGGACGCGGACGCACCGGAUCUGGAGGAGGGAGAAUCGAUCCUGUUGGUCGACUUUGGGAAGGAAGUGGAUUUACGGCUGAAGGAAACGCCGGCGCAGAAAUUCGCAGAAGAAGCGGAAAAGGAGAAGGAGAGAAUGACCGAGGGGAAGAUUCCGGAUCAAUAUCGGGAAUUCGUCAAAGUAUUCGCCAAGGAAUUGUUCGACUCGCUGCCGGAUCGACGAGCAUGGGAUCAUGCGAUUGAACUCAAACCUGGCUCCAAAGUGGUGGACUGCAAGGUGUACCCCUUAUCGCGGAACGAGCAGGUCAAGCUCGACGGGUUCUUGCAAGAGAACCUGGCCAGUGGACGGAUCAGGCCAUCAAAAUCACCCGUUGAUAGGCUGGCUACCAGACGCGCUCUGCACCAGCUCUGUAAGGGCGUAUUUUUGCGCUUUUUACAGAGUUUACUCUUCAACCACUCGGUGUAUCGUGUCGCGGUUAACAGUGUUGCGCUCAGUAGGACUUAUGGGUCUACUGCCCAGUCGACGACUGUGGAUAGUGUCGACGAUAGCAAGGCAGUCAGGCCACUACUGUGGAACUGGUCUUAUGAGUCUACACCAGGCUCAGGGCCAUUAGUGACGAACGCUUGGACCGCGACCAUUCCCCAAAAAGGGAUAUGUCGUUGCGUCGACUUCUCAAAAAGGGUCAUUCUCUGCAGAUGA